AUGAAGGGGGUCACGUGUGUCCAAGGCUGCCAGGACGUGGCCAGCGUCUGUGUGAGACCCGGGAGCCUCACCGCAGGUGACCCCAUGUUGCCCAACCCCAGCAUGCGGGGUCCUGGACCUCGACCCCUGCCCACGGCCCCCCAUCCCCCAGUACUUAGGGGUCUGCCGUCAGGUGUUCCUGCUCAGGGCCCUGGCCCGGCCACCCCAGCAGUGGGCCGGAGUCCUGGGGACGCGGCUGAGAUGCUGGGGCUGCUGUCUGGGGUACUGUUUCAGGAAGGGGAUGCAGCCGAGCCUCUGGGCUCUGUGGAGCCCUCACUCCGGGAACAGACGGCCCACGGACAGGGCGACUGGCAGCCUCAGGUCCAGCAUCCACGGACGAGCAGCAGCUUGGGGCAAGUGCGCCCUCAACUGCCCCGGCGCCUCCGGAGCCGCGGGAAGGCCGCUGAGGGGCGCCCGAGGCUCCUGGAGCCCACCAGCCCCCAGCCAAGCCCUCCGGGACCGGUCGCUGCUGGGAUCCCCGCGUCACCCCGCUCCACGGAGCCUCCAGAGUCGCGAGCCCGGACCUCCCGGCCUGCGCCCUCCAGCCCCUGGACAGGGACCAGCUGGGACAAGGAGGCGCGGGAGCCAGUGGAGGAGGAGAUCGAGGGGACCCGGCGCGCGGGAUCACGUCUCCUGGAACAGGACAGUGCAAAUCUGCGACGUGCAGGCGCCGAGGACAUAGGCGCCUGCAUGGGUGCCGGCACCCGCACGCUCCUGCGCCGAGCCUGGAGCUCGGGUCCCAGGGGCGUCAAUGCCGUGUGCGCGUCUGCACUGCUCCUGGGUGCUGGCUCCUACGAGGUGGAGGGCCGCAGCGGGUGGCGACCCUCCGAGGCCUGUUGCUCCUGGGGUCCUGAGGUCCCGGCGGCUGAGGAGCUCGGUCCCCUAGGGCUGGCUCCAAACAACUUGAACCAGGGCCUCGGGGUGAGGCUGCGGCCAGGCGCCAAACUCCAGGGUGUCUGGGGUGGGAAGCAGAGGGAGGUAAUGGUCACCAUCCCUAAGCCGCCGCCGCCGCUGCCACCGCCCAGCCAGGCUCUGGCAGCCGGCCACAUCACACAGCCCGGGCAACUCCACGGGACUUUGGGCCCUCCAGGGCCUCCCGCACUCCGGCUCCUGCCUGGUCUGCUGCUGCAUCUGAGGGAUGUGUGUGGCCUUGCAGCAGGCUGGCCGCCCUCCCUCGGUGCCCUGGCCUCCUCCACGGGGACGUGGCUGACCUUCGCAUUGCCCUCGGAUGCGGCUGCAAGAGUGGAGCCACCUGCACCGGCCCACGGGCCACACUCCAUCCCCGGUGCCGGGCCCCAGCGCCACUGUGGGAAAGGGGUCUCUCCCGACCCGUCGAGAAGCGCGUGCCGCUGUCCACUGAGCCAGUGGGUGGACCUGAGGGUGCCACCGCCGGUUCCUGGGGGCGCCUCUCCUGCCUGCCCGCUCGCUCACACACCUCCUCACACCCACGCGCACUCGCACUGGAAAGCUCCCUCCGCCCAUGCCAUCUGGCAGCCAGAACCCAGCCUGCGGACCCGUUCGUUCCCCGUGGGCGGCAGAGGCCAGACGCCCAGGAGGCAUGGCCCUGGCUGGGCCCAAGCUGCCAACCUAACGCCCGCUGAGAACAGGGACCGAGGUCCCAGGAGGGCUGUCGGCCCACAGGACGAGGACAGCAGCACCCAGUCCCGAGCUCAGGAGAAGACACGGAAGGAGCAGCGAGUGCCGGGAACUGACAGCAACCAGAGGAUGGAAGUGCCCAAAGCUGGGAAGAUGCUCAGACCUCACUCGGACCAGGAGAAGGUCACCUUCAAUCUACCAACAGGCAGCUGCUCACCUGCCCGGGCUGAGGGCAGGGGUGUCCUGCUUGUGGGCAGAGAACAGGCCUUCACAGGGCCCAUGGCCCAGGAGGCUGGCUGUCGGCAGCGGGACCUCCGGCCCGCCCCCCUCUCCGUCCCACUGAGGCAGGUCAAAAGGCUGCCGCGCUUCGGCCUCCAGCACCUUGAGACAUGCUGGGAGGCUGGCCUGUCCACGGAGCCAGCAGGCAGCCCCCAGGGAAGCAGUGGGCUCAGCCCCCUCCCGGAUGUGAACAGGGAGGCCCGGGAGGUUGGUCACCGGCAGCGCCCGCUCCUGCUCUCCAUCAGCCUGAGCACCCACUGCGUUUCUAGAAUGAAAGCUGCCGUGUGGAAGCGGCCCGCAGUGGCCCUGGACCAGCCCCCUCGCCCCAGAGGCUUCCACCUGUCACACAAGGUCACCAGCGUCGUCCCCGAGAGCGCACUGCUCAUCGUGCUGGGCCUGGUGCUGGGAGGCAUCGUCUGGGCGGCUGACCACAUCGCCUCCUUCACGCUCACCCCCACUGUCUUCUUCUUCUACCUGCUGCCGCCCAUCGUGCUGGACGCCGGCUACUUCAUGCCCAAUCGGCUCUUCUUCAGCAACCUGGGCACCAUCCUGCUGUACGCCGUCGUGGGCACCGUGUGGAACGCGGCCACCACCGGACUGUCCCUCUACGGUGUCUUCCUCAGCGGCCUGAUGGGAGACCUGAACAUCGGGCUGCUGGACUUCCUCCUGUUUGGCAGCCUGAUCGCGGCCGUGGACCCGGUGGCCGUCCUGGCCGUGUUCGAGGAGGUCCACGUCAACGAGGUCCUGUUCAUCAUCGUCUUUGGGGAGUCGCUGCUGAACGACGCUGUCACCGUGGUCCUCUACAAUGUGUUUGAAUCUUUCGUGACGCUGGGCGGUGACAAUGUGACUGGUGUGGAUUGUGUGAAAGGCGUAGUGUCCUUCUUCGUGGUGAGCCUCGGGGGCACGCUGGUGGGGGUCAUCUUCGCCUUCCUGCUGUCGCUGGUGACUCGCUUCACCAAGCACGUGCGCAUCAUCGAGCCUGGCUUCGUCUUCGUCAUCUCCUACCUGUCCUACCUCACUUCUGAGAUGCUGUCGCUGUCGGCCAUCCUGGCCAUCACCUUCUGCGGCAUCUGCUGCCAGAAGUACGUGAAGGCCAACAUCUCCGAGCAGUCGGCCACCACCGUGCGCUACACCAUGAAGAUGCUGGCCAGUGGGGCGGAGACCAUCAUCUUCAUGUUCCUGGGCAUCUCGGCCGUGAACCCCGGCAUCUGGAAGUGGAACACGGCCUUUGUGCUCCUGACACUGGUGUUCAUCUCCGUGUACCGGGCCAUUGGCGUCAUCCUGCAGACCUGGGUCCUGAACCGGUACCGGAUGGUGCAACUGGAAAUCAUAGACCAGGUGGUCAUGUCCUACGGUGGCCUGCGCGGGGCCGUGGCCUUCGCUCUGGUGGUCCUUCUGGAUGAGAAGAAGGUGAAGGAGAGGAACCUCUUUGUCAGCACCACCAUCAUAGUGGUCUUCUUCACGGUCAUCUUCCAGGGCCUGACCAUCAAGCCCCUGGUGCAGUGGCUGAAGGUGAAAAGGAGCGAGCACCGAGAGCCCAAACUCAAUGAGAAGCUGCAUGGCCGGGCUUUUGACCACAUCCUCUCUGCCAUCGAGGAUAUAUCCGGGCAAAUUGGACACAAUUAUCUCAGAGAUAAGUGGUCCAAUUUUGAUAGGAAAUUCCUCAGCAAAAUCCUUAUGAGAAGGUCGGCACAGAAGUCACGAGAUCGGAUUCUGAAUGUUUUCCACGAACUCAACUUGAAAGAUGCCAUUAGCUAUGUGGCCGAGGGAGAACGCCGUGGGUCGCUAGCCUUCAUCCGCUCCCCCAGCACUGACAACAUGGUCAACGUGGACUUCAGCACGCCUCGGCCCUCCACCGUGGAGGCUUCUGUCUCCUAUCUCCUGAGGGAGAACGUCAGUGCUGUGUGCCUGGACAUGCAGUCCCUGGAACAGAGAAGGAGAAGCAUCCGUGACACAGAGGACAUGGUCACUCACCACACGCUGCAGCAGUACCUGUACAAGCCGCGGCAGGAGUACAAGCAUCUCUACAGUCGGCACGAACUAACUCCGAAUGAAGACGAGAAGCAAGACAAGGAGAUCUUCCACAGGACCAUGCGGAAGCGCCUGGAAUCCUUCAAGUCUGCCAAGCUUGGGAUCAAUCAGAACAAGAAGGCAGCGAAGCUAUAUAAGAGGGAACGUGCCCAGAAGCGGAGAAACAGCAGCAUCCCCAACGGGAAACUGCCCAUGGAGAGCCCCGUGCACAACCUCACCAUUAAGGAGAAAGAUGUGGAACUAUCAGACCCAGAGGAGGCCCCGGACUACGGUGCCGAAAUGAGUGGUGGGAUCGAGUUCCUGGCAAACGUAACACAGGACACCACAGCAACAGACUCCCCCUCAGGAAUCGACAACCCCGUGUUCUCCCCGGAUGAGGACCUGAGCAUCCUCUCCAGGGUGCCUCCCUGGCUGUCCCCGGGGGAGACUGUGGUGCCCUCCCAGAGGGCCCGUGUGCAGAUCCCCUGCUCUCCGGGCAACUUCCACCGCCUGGCACCCUUCCGCCUCAGCAGCAAGUCCGUGGACUCCUUUCUGCAGGCCGAUGGCCCCGAGCCGCAGCCCCACACGACCGUCCCCGAGUCCACGCACAUGUAA